AUGGACGGUACCUACGGAGUACGUGUACGCUUCGAAAGCUGGACUGUAGGGGUACGUGGUGACUAAGCCAUAUUUGGGACAGUUGUUCGAGAGGCAGCAGGAGCUCCUGUAAAUGAGAUACGAAGCUCCCGGACCUGACACAACAAAGGCAAUUGGCCAUCUGUCCACCACAAAGCAACUCUGCUUCUUGCACAAACACCACCGCGAGCUUCCCGUGCUCUUGACGAACCAACUUUACCGCCAUCAUCCAGGUGCAGACGGAACGCGGAUGAUCCACCGGCUAUAAGCCGCUUUGCGCUACCUGGACCUUACCGAGAACCAAGGGUACGUAAUCGCGGUCCAUCCAUCGGGGUAGCUAUUACCAUCAGUUUCAUGUUUCACGCUACCUUGCCUCUGGCUACCAUCUUCUCUUUCGCAAAGUAUUAAGACUGAUCGCAACAUUUGGGCAGAGCUCUAACAACUCGACACGAUGCAACUACGAGACAUGGCGCCUUCGUCGGCGUUCGUGGCCUCUUUGCUGGCUAUUCCACAGCUCGCUUCCGCCUUCUACUUGCCAGGUGUUGCGCCCACCUCUUACAAGAAGGGCGACGUUGUUCCCCUCUAUGUGAACAGCAUCAAGCCGGUCGCCGCCCCCUCCGAUUCCCGAUUACACUCAAUUGUUUCCUACGACUAUUACCACCCUGGCUUCAAAUUCUGCGAGCCCGAACCUCGUCCCGAGUAUGUGUCGGAGAGCCUGGGCAGUAUUCUCUUUGGAGAUCGCAUCAUGACGUCGCCUUUCGAGCUGCGCAUGAAGAACAACGAGAAGUGCAAGCCGCUUUGCAUCCAGAAAUAUCCUCCGGCGGCCGUCGGUUUCGUCAAGCGCCGCAUCGAGCAGGGCUACAGCUUGAACUGGCUUGUGGACGGCCUGCCUGCCGGACAGCAGAUCUACGAUGAUUUCACGAACACGACUUUUUACAACCCUGGAUUCUUGAUGGGCGGCGAGGACGAGAACGGCAAUGUCAUCUUCAACAACCACUACGACAUCAACGUCGAAUACCACGCCGUCAACGGCGAUCAGUCGCAGCUGCGCGUCGUUGGUGUCGUUGUCGAGCCGAGCUCGCGUGCCUACCCCGGUCUGCUCGACUGCAAUAACCAGAUGGAGCCCAUCAUCUUCGAGGAAGACGGCACUGAGAAGGAGGUCAAGUUCUCGUACUCGGUGUUCUGGAUCGAGUCCAAGACAGCUUGGGCUACCCGUUGGGACAAGUACCUGCACGUAUUCGAUCCCAAGAUCCACUGGUUCUGGCUCGUUGACACCGCAAUUAUCGUCAUCAUUCUGAUCCUGACGGUCAUGUCCAUUCUUGUCAGAGCUCUGAAGAAGGACAUCGCGAGAUACAACCGCCUUGACCAGAUCAACUUGGAUGACCUCUCUGGCACUUCGGCGCUCGAAGAUGGCGUACAGGAGGAUUCGGGAUGGAAGCUAGUCCACGGAGACGUCUUCCGCAACCCUUCGAACCCUCUUCUGCUCUCGGUCCUGCUCGGAAACGGUGUUCAGCUUUUUGUCAUGACGGGCUUCACCAUCUGCUUCGCCCUCCUCGGCUUUUUGUCGCCCUCUAACCGUGGAUCCCUCGGAACAAUCAUCCUGCUUCUUUACACUAUCUUGGGCUUUGUGGGCGGUUACAUCUCUGCGAGAACGUACAAGUCGUUGCAGGGCGAGAAGUGGAAGAUGAACAUCGCGCUGACUCCGAUCUUGGUGCCGAGCAUCGUAUUCGGUGCCUUCUUUUUCCUCGAUCUCUUCCUCUGGGCGAAGCAAUCUUCCGGUGCCGUGCCCUUCACCACCAUGCUGGUCAUCAUUGCCAUCUGGUUCAUCCUGUCGGUGCCACUGUCGUUCGCCGGAUCCUGGAUGGGUUUCCGCGCAUCUCCCGUUGAGGCCCCUGUCAAGACCAACCAAAUUCCUCGCCAGAUCCCUCCUGCCACCUCCUAUCUGAGACCGAUUCCGAGCAUGCUUAUUGUCGGUCUCUUGCCCUUUGGCGCCAUCUUUGUCGAACUCUACUUCAUUAUGAGCUCCGUCUGGUUCAGCCGUAUCUAUUACAUGUUUGGUUUCCUGUUCCUCUCGUACGGCCUCAUGAUCGUCACGACUGCUUCCGUCACCAUUCUCAUGGUGUACUUCCUGCUCUGCGCCGAAAACUACAACUGGCAGUGGCGAUCAUUCCUUGCUGCGGGCAUGAGCGGUGGCUACAUUUUCCUCAACUGCCUUUUGUACCUGUUCACCAAGCUGAACCUGAGUAACCUGGCCGGUACCGUCCUCUACGUCGGCUACAGUGCUUUGAUCUCGUUCUUGUUCUUCAUUCUUACUGGGUCCAUUGGCUACUUCGCAAGUUGGUGGUUCGUCAGGAAGAUUUACGCCUCCAUUAAGAUUGAUUAAACAGCAUUGCAUUCGGGCGUUAAUGUGAGGCGACGGGUUCAUGCUAUUGUAUCAACGUUUUUGUACGAAUACUCACUCUCGUCCCCCGAGCGUUGCAUUAUAGUAUUGAUGACACGCUUUGGCCUAGGAGCAGAGCGUGGUUGGUCAUGAGGUUCCAAAAAAUGAUAUUCUUGUUAGAUGGUAGACGGCAGGGAUUGGUAGACGGGAGCGAGCUGCCUCCAGCUUUUAGCAAAACAACAGCGCAUGUACAGU